AACGCUCCUCGGUAUUGAGUCAGACAGCCGGAGGCCCCCUGGCGGUGGCGAGCCGCCACUACACUUGAAACAGAGAGGGAAAUGGAUGAACGGAAAGUCCCCGUGUGGAAAUCCCCUGAGUUUUUUUCCCCCUUUUUUAAAAAUAAGCGUUAGCGGACGUGUGUAGUCUUUUGAAAAAAGCUCCGCGAGCUGUGAGGGCUCUGAAACAGAUCUGAUACUGAUGAAAAGAGGAGGUUGAAUGGCGCCGAGAACCGCUGCGGUGAGGCUGAGUGAAGUGGCUGAGCGAGGACUAGCCUGAGCAUCCGGGAGGCUUUGUUAUUACCCCCCCGACAUAUUACACAGUUUCCACGUUGUUCAGUCAUCGCCGCUCAGUGCCUCCCUGUCCUCCUCGCUUCCUUCCAGUUUCCCAACCAGCCACUCGCCAUGUCGCAAGGCCAGAACUUCCUCCCAAAAUUCCUGUUUGUCUCCAACCUGCUUAAAGCAGUGAAGAUCCGCCAGCGAGUGCCCAACGACGUGGUGAAGCCUAACACCAGCGGCGGCCUUAUGCACCACCUUCGGGGAAUGCACCGCUACACGCUGGAGAUGAUUGCCAUGAACCACUUCCCCCAGGCCUUCAGGGAGGUAGUGCAAGCUGCCAUCUUGGACCGAGCCAUGCAGGCCUCAUUAGAGCAAGAGAAGAAGCUCAACUGGUGUCGAGAGUUGAAGAAGAUGGUGCCAUUACGCACCAAUGGAGACGGGAACUGUUUGCUCCAUGCAGCCUCUCAGUACAUGCUUGGCGUUCAGGAUACAGACCUGGUGCUCCGGAAAGCUCUUCACGGUGUUCUGAAAGAGACAGACACUGGAGUGUUUAAGGCCCGCUUCCAGGCAGAGCUGCUGCAGUCGCAGGAGUUCACCCAGACCGGACUCCGUUACACCACCACGAACUGGGAGGAAGAGUGGGACAAGAUUGUAAAAAUGGCAUCUCCAGUCUCCAGUAGCAACGGCCUCCAAUUUGACUCUCUGGAGGACAUUCACAUCUUCGUCCUGUCCAACAUCCUCCGCAGACCCAUCAUUGUCAUCGCAGAUCAGGUGGUUAGGAGUAUGAAAUCGGGCUCCUCGAUCUCUCCCCUGAAUGUGGGUGGGAUUUAUCUGCCUCUACACUGGCCGCCUACAGAGUGCUACAAAUACCCGAUAGUGCUCGGCUAUGACUCUCAGCACUUUGCACCCCUCAUCACAAUCAAAGACAGUGGUCCAGAAAUCAGAGCGGUGCCUCUGAUAAACCCACGACGAGUGGGCUUUGAGGAGCUGAAGGUUCACUUCCUGAUGGAGAAGGAGCAGCAGCAGAAAGAGCGACUUCUUAAUGACUACCUGCAACUGAUUGAGAUCCCUGUCAUAGGCCUGGGCCACGACGCAACGUGGAUCAUGAAAGCUGCACGACUGGAUGAGGGCAACCUCCCUGAAGACAUGAACCUGAUGGAGGACUACCUGCAGCUGGUCAACCACGAGUACCAACGCUGGCAGGAGGACAAGGAGCAGGCGUGGGCUGCCCAGCCUCAGCGCCCGCCACCCUUCUCCGUCUCCCAGCUCUCCCUCAUCGAGAUCCGCUGUGCCACCCCCCGCUGCACCUUCUACGUCUCCGUGGACACGCAGCCUCAUUGCCACGAAUGCUUUGAGAAGCGCCAAGCCACCACCGGCGGAGGAGCGAGGAUAGAGGGUGUGGUCCAAACCAAGGGAGUGGGUGUGCAGGGUGGAGUGGGAGUGAUUGGCGGAUCGGAGACUGAGGUGAGCUCCAGAGGAGCCCGAAGCAGCAGCCCCCCGUGCUCUUCCUCCGGGAGAGGGGUGGUGUUAUCCAGCCCUCGCUCUGCUCCACCCACCGCGCCCAGCCUCAGCCUAUACAGUGAAACCCAUGCCAUGAAGUGCAAGACACCCGGCUGCCUCUUCACGCUAAGCGUGGAACACGACGGACUUUGCGAGCGCUGCUUCAACUCGAGGCAGAACCACGGACCCCCCGCAGCGGGAACAACUACUGCGGGACCUCCAGGCCCCAAUGGGGGGCCUGUGGUUCCCCACCCGGCCCAGGGCUCUGGCCGGACCCAGUGGGGCGGCUGUGAAACUGAGACGGAGCGCUGCAGCAUGUGCAGGCAGGAGGCGUUCAGGAUAUUCAAUGGCCUGUGCCCACCCUGCAUGCAGAGGCAGCAGGCUCCAGAGAGGAGCGAGCCCCAGCAGAGCAACCCCAGGACUGAAGCCUCGUCCUCUGCAUGGAGCCAGGCCAGAGACACUGAGCGGCCCUGCCUCACGCUAACCCCAGGGCACACGUCGGCCUGGCAGACCCCUCUGGCCCGGCUUUGUAAAAGAUCCGGCUGCCAGUUCUUUGGGACACCGGAGAAGUUGGGUUUCUGCACUAUUUGCUAUGUAGACUAUCAGACCAACCACCACCUGACUCCGCCCCCUGCCCCAGUCCAGAGCCGGCAUGGUUUGGAAACAGGCUUCCAAAAUGCCACACGGUGUCGCGGGCCUGGUUGUGGCGCCGUCGGUAAGGCCAUGCUGGAGGGCUACUGUGACAAGUGCUACGUCAAAGAGCAAAGCGCACGGCUCAACCAAGUGGCACAUCGCACACCACACUCCCCUCCGCUGGUCAUGCGUGACCGAGCAGCCAAACCCAGAUCCUCGCAACAAUCCCAGACCCAGACCCAGACCCAGACCCAGUGCCGGCGGAGCGGCUGCAGUAACGUGUCCCCGGGUUGCACAGAUCUCUGUCCGGAGUGUCACACGCGUGGCCAGGGCAGAGAGGGAGGGAGGCGGGCGCAGGCGCCCAAGGAGAAGUCGAAGCAGCGGUGCCGGACGCAGGGCUGCGACCACUACGCCAAUCAAGAGAAACAGGGCUACUGCAACGAGUGCGACCACUUCAAACAGAUCUACCGUGGCUGACUGCCCGCGCACCUCCGCACACGACCAAGAUGACGACACAUAGCUAGCACGCUAGAGCCGCCGCCCUGCCGUGGGCACCUCAUGCCAGUCAAUGCACCUCUGAUACUAACUAACCAACUAACUAACUAGCUAGUGACUAACUAGUAACCUUAUGGCCUGAAAAUCAACCCACCCCCCAACCCCCCCCACCCCC